UUGUAAUUAUGUAGAAGGGUUAGGGGAAAGUCAAACGCGUUCUUGACGCGUGCCCAAACGCGUCUGUCUGUGCUGGGGCUCAAACCUUUUCAUCUGCUUCCCACCGCACCUUUUCUUCUCCCACUCGUUACUCCCUCUCUCGACCUCUAUCGUUCAGUCUUCCAGCUUCUACUUUACCUUGUUUUUAUAUAUUACUACGUCCAAACACCACAAUGGUUCGUCUUCUGCCCUGGGCAAAAUCCGAUGCGCAACCCAACGCAAGCGUCCUCGGGAAACGCGCCCGAAGCGAACUGAACAUGUCGUCCCCCCAACGCGCCUACAAGACACGCGCCCAGCUUGCUUCUACCAAAGUCAGCAGUAGUAGCGGUGACAGCAGCGCCAGUUCAGACAUGAAGGAAGCAGAUAUUGCGGUUAGGAAGAUACCGGUGUCGAAGGAGAAGAAGGAGAAUAUCCCGUGCAUCCCUGGAUCUGUGACGCCGCCGAGAACACCACGAAAGCUCAAGCGCACGGCAGCAGAGAUGUCUUGCAGUCCUCAGUCUCCAGACAGAUCGAAGCCAGAGCUCUUACGGCAGCAGCAGCAAAUCGCUCUUCCGACUCCCCCCUUGACCCCCUCGACUCCUUCAACCCCGUCACUAUACAGCACCGCCAAAUCCGUCUUCCAGCGCGGUGCACGCUCGACCGCGCCACUCAUCUGUCGUGAUACAGAACGCGAGGCGAUAACCUCGUUUUUGACAACCCACAUCGACAACGCGACAGCGGCAAGUCUGUACAUAAGCGGGCCUCCCGGGACCGGGAAAUCAGCACUGACAGCCGAAGUCAUCCACAGCACGUGCGACGGCGAUAAGAGCGUGAAGGUCGCAAACAUCAACUGUGUCACGAUUACAAAACCUGCGCUUGUGUUUGCAAAGAUUUACGAGGAGAUCACGGGGAGUUCCAUUGCGGAAGGAGAAUAUGGACGUGCGGCCGACCGAUUGGAAGAGUACUUUACUCGACGGAAGGCUUCCAGAGGCCAAUACAGAUCAAUAAUAAUCACGCUUGACGAAAUGGAUUACCUGAUCACCAAAGACCAAGAUGUUCUAUACCAGAUUUUCGAAUGGACCCGUCUACCAAAAUCAAACCUCAUCCUAAUCGGCAUCGCCAACGCUCUCAACCUCACAUCCCGCUUCCUUCCCAAGCUCAAGGCUCGCAACUUUUCCCCCGAGCUGCUCCGGUUUACGCCCUACACUGCCGACCAAAUCGCACAGGUGAUCAAAUCAAGAAUGGAAAACUAUCUGGCAACGGUCGAGGAUCAGUCUGUUCGAUCCAUGUCGGAAGGUUUAAUCCAUCCAGCUGCGAUCCAGCUCUGUGCGCGGAAAACUGCCGCAAAUACAGGUGACCUUCGCAAGGCGUUCGACAUCUGCCGCCGUGGUCUCGAUCUUGCAGAAGAUGAAGCGCGCAGGAAAUACUGCGGCGCGGAAGCUCAAACCGCAGAGGGAUACUUCUCCUCCACCCCUACUCGGAAGUCUGUCGCGCCAAUUAUCAUCCCCACUGGCUCUCCAGCACCCAAAGUGACAAUCGCACACAUUGCAAAGAUCUGCUCGACUGCGUUUGGCGGAUCCUCGGUCCAGCGCAUUCAAUCACUGAACCUCCAGCAGAAAGCUAUCCUCUGCGCACUAGUAGUGGGAGAAAAACGCAAGAGCACAAGUUUAACUGUUCGCGAGCUUUUUGAGAAAUACGGCGCUCUAUGUGCGAAGGACAAACUUCUAGAUAGUCUGAAAAUCAGCGAGUUCAGAGAAGUCGUGAGUGCGCUGGAAGCCUGUGGAGCCGUCUCGCUUUCAUCUACAGGAUCUGGCCAGAAAGGUGGAGGAAAGCGAGCCAGAGGCAGCAGCGAUAGUAGUGACGGACAGCGGAUCUCGGCUUCGGUGCAGGAGAUUGAUUUAUUGAGAGCGGUUGAGGAUGUAGGAAUGCUGAAGAGGUUUUUUAGCGCGGAGUAUGAUGUGUAA